AUGUUAAAAUUGGAACCUGAUAGAAAAUCUCUGGGCAGAAAUAAAGUCAAUGUACUAAGUUCUAAGUUGGAGGUAAAUCCAAAUCACCAAGAACAUGAAAGACAUUUAUCAACGACUUUAAAAAUAACGGUUCCAUUAGGACCAGUUAUAAUAACGCUUUUACCACAUAUUGGAUUUUCGUUAGGAUUUGGAGUAUUACCAACUGAGCAACAUUAUCGAUAUGGCCUUGAUGAAAAUUGA